AUGAAUCCGUCAAUGUUGCUGUGCUGUGCGCUGCUCUGUUUAGCCUGCUGUGUUACGGUACACACACACAUGAUUAUGGAGGAACAAUACAGCUCCAACCAAACAACCAUCAGCUUACAAGCAAAUAACCAAACAGAUGCACCUUCUGUGCUCAUAGUCGGGCUUUCAAAAACACCUAAGAAGAACAAGAAAACGGAAAAGAAACCAAAAAAGAAAUUCAACAACCAUGUGAAGAGACCUCCGCCGCCGCCGAACUGCGUCCCGCUCUGGAGCAGCUGCAAGACGCCCAACGCGGUGUGCUGCGAUCAGUGCGCCUUCUGCCACUGCCGCCUGUUCAAAACCGUCUGCUACUGCCGCAUGGGUUACCCGAAAUGCUGA